AUGCCAGACCGCAGCCCCUCAUAUGAUUCUCGCGAUGGAAGCUCCCCGGAGCCAGAGCGCAAUCGCGAACGCCCAGUCGAACGCCCAGUCGACCGCGACAAGGGCCGAGAGAAAGAGAAAGAAAAGGAAAUAAGAGAUCGCGAAAGGGACCGCGCCAGAGACCGAGAAAGAGACAAGGAAAGAGAUCAAUACCGCGACAUGGAGAGAGACAUGGACAGAGACAUAGAUCGCGACAUUGACCGUGAUGUCGAUCGCGAUAUCGAACGGGACAAGGAUAGGGACAAGGAGCGAGACCGAGAGAAGGAGAAAAUCCGCGACCGCGACAGACUCUUGAACGACAAAAAAGACAAAGAGCGCGAAAAGCCACUCGACGAAAAAAAAGAUCGCAUCAAACCAAUGGACGACAUAAGAGACAGUCGAGACAACUCUCCUGGUGACAGGCGGGGAGACCGCAACAGACCAUUAAACGACAGAAGAGACACUCGCGACAAGUCACCAGAUGACAGAGGAGACCGAGAUCGCAACAAGCCGCUGAACAAUCGAAGGGAUAGCUUCGAUAGUUCACCAGACAAAAAGGACCGAAAGCCACUCAACAGCCGAAGGGAUAGCUAUGAUAGUUCACCGGACAAGAGAGACCGCAAACCCUUGAACAAUCGGAAGGAUAGCUAUGAUAGCCUGCUAGACAAGAAGGAUCGGAAACCACUAAACAACCGAAAGGAUAGCUACGAUAGCUUGCUAGACAAGGACCGGAAACCAUUGGACGAUAGGAGGGACAGCCGCGAUAGGUCGCCGGAUGACAGAAGGGACCGGGAUCGCAGCAAACCAUUGAACAAUCGAAGAAAUAGUUUCGAUAGUUUACCAGACAAAAAGGACCGAAAACCCCUGGACGACAGGAGAGACAGUCGCGACAGAUCACCCGAUGACAAAAGAUACCAUGAUCGCAACAGACCUCUGGAUGACCCAAGGGACAGUCGCGAUAGAUCACCCGAAGAUAAAAGGGAUCGGGAUCGCAACAGACCACUCGACGAUAGAAGAGACAGUCGGGACAGAUCACUAGAUGACAGUAGACGAGACCGAGAUCGUAUCAGACAAUUCGACGAUAGAAGGGAUAGUCGUGAUAGAUCACUCGAUGGAAGAAGAGACAGUCGCGACUACGGAAAAGAUAGAGACUACGACGAUCCGAGAGACAGUCGACAUGAUGUUGGAAGGGACCACGCCAAUGGUAGAGACAGACUCAAAGAUCGAGACGUCGACAGACGCCGCGACAGUCGUAUCCCUCCACGCGUAGCUCGAGAACCCCGAGAGCAUCCCCCAUCAGCUAGCAAGCGAAACAGCAUUACAGGCCGUCUCCUCGGAUCGUUCAGAGCGGCUCGUGGUGGCGGCGAUAAAGAAAAGGAAAUCCCUAUGCCAGCAGCUGCCGCUUCAAUUCAGCGCCGUGCCUCUACCGCUGUUACGAAAGGCAGCCCAGUCACUCGCAUCCGAGAGUGGCUCGAUGCUUGUAACGCCGAACAUCACCAUCACUGCGCUCUUUCUUCGGAGUCUGAUGUCCCAACUUGGCGUCCUACUUGGCUCGUCGAUGUUGUCGAUCGCCGUCUGGUAAAAGCGACAACCAAAGAUCGUUACCUUGCUCUGAGUUACGUGAACGGAUCCCAUCGCAAUGAGCCGCAGGAAUUUAUGCAACUCCUUAAGUCUAACCUUGCAGCUUUCGAAGAUCGCCUGCCGAACCUUGACAUGCCCCAGACUUAUCUGGAUGCCAUGUGGCUUGCGAAGAAGCUGGGUAUUCGGUAUAUCUGGAUUGAUCGGAUCUGUAUCACCCAAGAUAACCGGGAAGAAAUGGAGGAUCACACCAAGCACAUGGCGUAUGUAUUUGCCAAUGCUUAUCUCGUUAUCGUGGCAGCUUCUGGCGACAUUCAUACCGGACUACCUUCUCUCGAUCCGAAGCGAUCAACACGGGGCAUUCGCACCACCGGCCGUACUCACCAAGAGCUCGUAGCAGCUUCGUCAUGGUACACCAGAGGCUGGACGCUUGUCGAGCGCAUCUACUCUCGACGCUCAGUUUUCUUUUUUGAAGACUCGGUAACUUGGGAAUGCCACUGCGAUACUUGGCAGGGAAGUCCGAACAGUGUCAUGAAGAAGCUCCGAGGAGGUCGCCAAGAGUGUGUUGGCGCUAUUCCUGACGCUGUUUUCGCAUUCCAACAUCCACGCUGGCCUGACCUUGAUGAGUACGCUCGCUAUGUCAUGGAAUAUAGCGCUCGUAAGUUGACACUUGUCGACGAUACUCUGCCUGCGUUUUCGGGAAUUACCCAUGUUCUUUCUCGUUCGUUCCCUGGUGGUUUCAUCUACGGCAUGCCUAUUAUGUUUCUAGACAUUGCUCUACUCUGGCGGCCUCAUGCCUCGAUCAGAAGAAGGGCACUAUCACGUCCGCCGUUCCUCCCAUCGUGGUCUUGGAUGGGCUGGUGGUUUGACAACAUCCCUGUCGACCUGACCUUGUGGAGAGCAGCUGCGGAUUAUGUGGAAGAGGCUCGGACUGGAAAACGUGGCCAAGAAUCGAAACGGUACCGGUCAGCGCACGCCUUUAGGAUCAGACCUACCGUUUCUUGGAGUUUGACAGACCGUGCUUCAACAGUGCCUCUCAUGAACACCGGCCUUCAGUACAAUAAUCUCAGGAGCCGCCGUGUCCCCAACACAGAGCUACCAAUGGGAUGGUCUCGAAGUGGUUCACACUAUGUCCAUGACAGUGACGAGACUGCGUUGUUCAAGUACCCCGUCCCUGUUGAAGACCCUCACGAUAGCGGCGGUUAUGAGCCUGCUGUUGGCGAGCAAGCCUACCCCGGGCCGUUGCUCUCUUUCCGAACAACUUCUGGUUUCUUUGAAAUCGAAUUCCACACUACUCUCGCUCAUCGCGAGCGACCCAACCCGCCUCUUGCUGUGGGUACAAUCUGGAACAAGGCCGGUCGGUGGGCGGGACAAUUCCGUGCUCACGAUGCAUGGUUGGGCAUCCAAUCCUCCAACUAUGACGGCGAAGAGCGCCUUGAAUUUAUUUGUGUAUCUAUUGCAACAGAGAGAAAGGGCUCUCACGUCUUUGAUACCGAUAAGUUCGAAGAACACAUGGACGCGGAUGGCAUGGUUGACUUUGUCAAUGUUCUCUGGAUUGAGCGGAUUGGAGAUAUUGCAUAUCGACGAGGUGUUGGGCAGAUAUUGCUCAAGACUUGGGAGGCACAAGCUAAGGAUGAGGUCGCAAUUCUACUUGGUUAA